CUUUGUACGCGUGUUUAUAUCAGUCCAGCAAACAGCUGAUCGUUUAUUUUGACCUCACGGGCAGGGGUGCAAUGAAUAUAAAUUUAGCGACACGAUAACAAGCGCCAUUGUCACAACAAUAUUUACUUGUUAACCGCUUUUUCGCCUUGUAAAUACUGCAUAAACAGAAACUCGAGGAGCACCGGAAGGUAAAGCGCGAAUUUCGAUUACUUAUCAUCCGAAGCCUAUCGCGUCGCAAAAUAAACACAGGUGUGUUGUGCAAUCAACGGAGAAUCUGCCGCGCGAAUAUGUCGAGCUCUCCCGAAAAUCUCACCAUCAAGCAGCCCAUCAGACGCCUGGAAAUCCAGAUCAACAAUUUCAACGUUGCCAUUCCGCAUCAUGUGAAUGUGCUGAAGCGGCACAAAAACAACAUUAAGAAGUAUCAAGAUCAGCACAACUGGGAGUUGGUACGAAAGGAGCACAUAAACGUCUCUCGAAUCAUCAAGCAGUUGAAGGAGUUGCUGUAUCAAAUGGACACUCUUCGAGCACAGGUUCUCGACGCAGACAUCGAUCAGUUUGACAAACUAACGAGAAACGCGCGAGGGAGCAUUAUGAGCACUAUCGAGGAGUAUUUAGAGAUGCAGCUGAAUUUUCCGACAUCGCCAUCCAUAACGCCCAGAAGUGAGAAUGAAGACACACAAGUAAUGCAUCCACUUGAUGACAGCUACGUGCAGUUGCAAGCCGAACAGGAAGAUCUGCAGCGUCAGCAGGCAUGUCUGCACGUCUGGAACACUCUGCAAGGAGACAUGCAGCAGUUGCAUGAACUGUUUAUCGAAUUCAAUAAGGUUGUUCACGAUCACAAGGAAAUGGUGGACAAUAUGGUGACAAAUGUUGAAGAAGCUCAAGUAAACGUGGACGAAGGCGCAAGGUUCCUCGUAAAGGCCUCGAGGUACAAAGUUGCCGCUUAUCCCAUAGCAGGCGCUAUGAUAGGCACGUGUAUCGGAGGACCAAUAGGCUUGAUAGCUGGAAUGAAAAUCGGUGGCCUCGCUGCUCUGGGUUGUGGUAUCCUAGGUUUCACAGGAGGAUCGUUAUUGAAAAAGAAACAGAUAGAAUCGCACAGGGAAGCAGAAACGCAUUCGAAUAGAUCGGAGAUUGAUCUGAAAAGUGUCAAGAAAUCCGUUUCUUGCCCGGACAAUUUGAAGGUGGACAAGAAACAGUUGUGACAAAGCGAGACUCCGUCGGAAUGUGAUAUCAAUUUUAAACGUAAGAAAAAAUGCAUCGUUGUAUAAUUUUAUAAGACUGCUGAGAUGCACACGCGUGCACACGUUGUCUUCUGUCUACGUAUUUCUUAUUUGUACUUGUAGGAAAAUUUACAAAGCUUUAUACAUUUGAGAAUUCGAUCUUUUAACACUUAUAACGUACUAUUUAUAAUUUUAUAUAACUGAAGAAAACGUUGACUAGUCUACAAAUCUAUUCUGUGUACCUUUCUUAAGAAAUAAGCGCUAACUUAAUAACGUAUUGCAACAUUACUGAUUGUUUUUAUUAUAUUUUCGUGGAAAUAGUAAGUAUAUAGUCGGCUUACAAGUCCUAGUCGCACGGCAAACAUCACAUUAAGGAUAUGGCAGUAUCUUUUUUAUGAAACAAUUUUGUAUGCCUUUCUCCUGUGCCUUGUUACUGCUUCAAAUCAUUGAAAAACAUCGUAUCGUGCUUCGCAGCAUCUACCAAAUACGUUGUAGCCGCUCUUGUAAUUACCUACGAAUUAAUACAUAGUUAUGAUCAUAUCUGCAAUAUGAAACUUAAUAAAUGCAGUUCAACAAAAUUUA